GGUUUUACAAGCAUCGCCAGCCGAACGUGCCGGACCAAAGGGAACAACAGAAAGUUGAAUGAAUUCGGAAACGUCCGUUGAUAGUUGAUAUAUCCCAGAAAAAUCUCCAUAUUUGCAACAAAAAUAUCACCCACACAUAUAUGUAGUAAAAAAAAUAUAUCAACAUUCGAUAUAUAUGUAUGUAUGUACAUACCUACCGUGCACAACGACAACGCAACCCCAGAAAAUAACGAACGACGUCGUGCCGAGUGCUCUGUACACCGUGUGUUUAGUUUUUUUGUUUUCCUAAGUAAAUACUAAAUAAAACUUAAUAAAAUAAUUAAUAAGUGCGUCAAGUUGAGUCCGUACUCCGGAAUUGGGUUCGAUUGGUUCCUCCACGUUUUUUGGCGUCGUCGGCUGUACGUGUCUUGCUCGCUCUAUCUCUCUCUCCCUCUCUAUCUGUCCUGCUCCGCAUGCAAGCGCAACGAAACGAACAAGAAACAGAAAACGUAAACGCGUACGUACACAUCUGCAUGUGCGAGUGUGUGUGUGUGUGUAUGAAUGCCGCAGCGCAAUAGAAAAAUUAAAUGAAAGAAAACAUGAGACAAGAGAAGAGAGCAGUACGCAACCGAAGUCCUCCCAAAAUAAUUGUUUUACCAUUGUUUUUUGUGUGUAGGGCUAAAUAAAAUACACAAAAAUAUAAACAAACAAAAUAAGCGUAUAAAGUAAAUGAAAAACAACUGUAAAGUAAUGGCCAUGUGUGUGAUGGCCUGGCCCAUGUACGUGUGCGUGUGCGAAAAUCAAUAACAAAAGGCAAAGCACGAAACAUACAAAAAACGAGUGAGUGGUGUGUGUUUGUGUAUGAAGGCGAUAAAGGGGGAUAAAAUGAACAAGCAGCCGCCCGUGUGCCCAAGAGCAAUGCGUCGCCGGUUCCAGUUCAAAUCCGAAUCCGAAUCUUUGCAACGGCAAUUUCUGAACAUUCACAUCAAAAGCAAUUGAAAAAACAAAACGCUAAACAAAACGAAACGAAGCCUCAAGAAGGAGGAUAAAGCAAAACAGGAAGAACAACCCCAGAAGAAAAACAGUUGGUGAGAAGAGCAAUAGCAGCAGAGACGCCAACGCCGACGCCAAAAGUAGGGCGACUUGCGCGCGUAAAUUUGGGUCGUCGACUGCAACUGCAACAGCAGCAGCAGCGGCACAAACAACAGCACAUCCAGUGGGCAUUCCAUUGGAGGAUUUCCAGUGUUCCAUCGCAACGCCCCCUCCAUUCUCUCUUCAAUCAAAAUUAUCGCAAAAUGUCGCUCCAAACGAAACGACAGCACUGUUACCUAUGUGACCUGCCCCGCAUGCCCUGGGCCAUGAUCAAUGACUUCACGGAGGCGGUGUGUCGCGGCUGCGUCAACUAUGAGGGUGCCGACCGAAUCGAGGUGGUGCUGGACGCCGCCCGGCAGAUGAAGCGCCUCCAUCCGAGCAGCAAGCGUGCUCACGAGAACGGCGAAGUGGUCGUCCUUCAGCAGCAACAGCAGACAGUGGCCGGCCUCCAGCAGGUACCAGGAUCGCAUCGUGGAGCGCCUAGUAGCAGUGCCGGCGGACCUGGUCCGUCCGGCGCCCCUGGUGGACCCCUCUCGCUGGGCGGCAGCUCCGCUGCAGUGGCUGCAGUUAUGCAUCAUGCCGCCGUGGCGGCCGCCUACCAGAUGCCCGUUCCACGCAUCGGACCGCCGCCGCAGCAGACCACCAGCCUCAUGGACUAUCCGGUCAAAUUAGAAGCGUCGCCGCAUGACGGGUCUGGCGGAGUGCGACCUGUCCGCAUCUCCCACAUGACGCCCCACCAUAUGCCGCCCAACUCGGGCCAAAGGGCCUCCUCCGUGGCCCAGCAGCAACAGCAGCAGCAGCAACAACAGCAGCAACAGUCCGGUGUGGGCGGGGGUAUGACCGGCGGUGGAGCCGGCAAUGGACCCACGCUACCACCCGCCCUUUCCGUCAAUCUAAAGCGUCCCUCCUCCGAGGAUGUGGACGAUCAGCAGCAACCUCAUGGCCCCCACGCAGUUGUCCCAUCGGAUGGAGCUGGUCCACCUGGCGUCAAGAGAAGCGCCCUUGACGAUCCCAGCGGCGUCCGGCCGCCCCUCACACGUGGAGAAUCACUGCCCGCCGCCGUCAGCUACGUACCAGAGCGGCAGCUUAAUUUGCGGGACAAGCAGCAGCCUGUACGGGCUCCCAGCUUCGAUGCUUCGACCUUCAAAGCAGGCGAUCACCUAUCACCGGCCAGUCGACGAAAUGGGUCUAGCCCGCCCUCGGGACCGCUGCCCCCACGAAGCGUACACUCGCCUAAUAGUUCGGGCUCCUCGUCGGGUCGGCGAUCGUCAGGCUCCCGACACGUGUCUAGCACAACAGUCACAAGCACAGAUGUGGGCGGUGCAAAUGCCGGGCAGACGUCCGUGCCCGGUGGCCUGGGCGGCGGAAGUGGCAACGGAGGAGGAACCGGUUCUUUGGGUGUACCGGGCGGCGGCAGCAGCUCCCAACUGUCCACUGGCAGUGCCACAUCUGGCAACACAGGACCUUCAUCGAUGCCGCCAGGUGCGGGGGCCGGCGACGGCAGCACGGCCGGGGGCAGUAAUGGCGGCACCGGCAUCGGCGGUGGCGGUCCAUCCGGAAGUAAUGGCAGCGGAGCAGUGAAUCCCGGACCUGGGAGCAGUGGCAGUCAGGGCACGCCAGGCAUGGGCAGCGGUGGGGGAGCUGGUGCCGGGAUUAGUGGGGCGCCGGGCGGCAGUGCUGCGUCAAAUUCAGCAGCAGCGGCAGCGGCUGCGGCCGCUCAGAAUGCAACGCUUAAGUGCACCUUAUGCCAGGAGCGGCUCGAGGACACGCACUUUGUCCAGUGUCCUUCGGUGAAUCAUCACAAGUUCUGUUUCCCCUGUAGCCGCGAGAGCAUCAAGCGGCAGAAUGGACUGGGCAACGAGGUGUACUGUCCGAGCGGGGACCGCUGCCCUCUGGCGAACUCCACAAUACCGUGGGCGUUUAUGCAGGGCGAGAUCACCACCAUACUGGGCGAGGAGGUGAAGGUUAAGAAGGAGCGCGAGUCUUAAUGUCCGUUUUACUGUAAAAAGCUGCGCAGAGCUUUGGAGCACUUUUGAGAGAAUUGUGUGUGUGUGUGUGUGCGUGUGUGAUCUCUCUUUCCCUUUAUAACUCUCGUUCGCACACUCACUCGCCAAAACUCUCCCUCUCUCCCUCCCUAUUGCACACGGUGCCCUCCAGCUGGAGUACACUGUGUGAUGUGAGUAGGUGAGGUGAGUGCUUGAGAGGCAACAUUUUGUACGUGGCAACCGCAGCCAGUGACUCCGGCGGCGGUGGUAACGUUAGCGGUUAGCGGAGAGCAGUCAGCAUUAAAAGCUUUCCCUGUCAUUGUCAAUGGCGACCGACCGAGCGAUCGCUAGACCGACCGAUCAAUGAACAACAAUAAUUUUGUAGGAGUAGGCAGCAAAGAAGAACCGCUGGGAGCAUGUUCCACCAGAUUGUAGGGGAACCCCACAAACAAAACAAAAAAAAGGAAUCAAAUCAGAGGCGUAAGCAGAAAUAUAAAAUCAAGCCGUAGAACGGGAAUAACACCAACCAUAC